ACUCUCACAGCUCUUUCAAGCUUCUUACAUUACACACCAACACAGAAACUAUAUACCACUUGUCUUUCUAUUAUCUAAAAUGAGUGAAGUAAGAGAAUACCUAUACAAAAUCCUCGUAGUUGGUGACCUCGGCACAGGAAAGACAUCUAUUAUCAGACGAUAUGUUCAUAAUAUAUUCUCUUCCAAUUACAAAUCAACCAUUGGUGUAGAUUUUGCACUCAAGGUUAUCCAAUGGUCUCCUGAAAUUAUUGUCCGGCUUCAAUUGUGGGAUAUUGCGGGCCAGGAACGGUUCGGAAACAUGACACGGGUCUAUUACAAAGAGGCGCUGGGUGCUUUUGUGGUUUAUGAUGUCACACGGCCACAGACCUUUGAAGGCGUCACCAAAUGGAAACAUGAUAUCGACUCAAAGGUCACACUACCUGAAGCAUGGGGAGGAGGAAAUAUUCCAGUAGUCCUGCUAGCCAACAAGAGUGAUCUGAUUCAUGAAGGACAUGGUCAACAAGUCAAUGCUGAAGAUAUGGAUCGAUUCUGUGCUGAACAAGGCUUCUUGAAUUGGUUUGAGACAUCAGCAAAAGAAGACACUAAUAUCGAUGAAGCCGCACGACAUCUGAUGACAGCCGUACUAAAGAUCGAAGAAGAACAUGGGUCAGAUCUUGCUCAAGAUGAGGCUGAGCGAAUACGAUUAGAUCAACUCAACAAACAAUCCGAAGCUGGCAGUGGAGGAUGCUGUUAAAAUAAAGAAAUACAUAU